GUACGACUACAGCCGCUUCAAGUACGGAGAUACGAGGUUUGCAAACCAGUAUGGUCACGAGAUGGCCAAUCUCGCUUGGAAGCAACUUAUCAAGCCUAUACUUGAGAAAGACCGGGCAAGCAACAGGCCGCUAACACGAUUCGCAAGCAUGGUGUCGCAGGGGUCGCUGCCUACAGCUGCCACAACGUUCGAAAGCGCCUUCUGCCAAUACCUAAACCGCUAUCUAGCAGCAGAGGGUGCAUACGCCGUGCUAAGUGUUCCCAUUCUAAAGGCCACGUCGGCCUCGCAGUCGGGGGAUUACGCCACCAUGUCGGACGCAGACAGGGAGAAUCUUAUGAACAAUGAACACUUCACCUUUGACCGGCAGGCCAUCCAGGGUAUGGUCGUCUUGAACCUCGACGACAUCUACAUUACGGGUGGCCACGAAAGAGCGAUCCGGAGAACAUUCAAGGAGGAGACAGCUGCUGGUCGCCAUCACGACGUCUACUACCUAUACAUCGCCAAGCUCGCAAACACAAAGAUCGACCCAGCCAUUGAAACUCGGCUCAACGAGGUAGCUGUGCCCCAGUUCAAGGACUUUAAAUCCAUUAUCGAGGGGCCCAUGUUUAUCAUCGAGAACCGGUUCGUGAAGCGAAUGCUGAAGGCAGGCAGCGUUGAGCUGAAAGGGCUUCUUAGCAGCCUGAAUCAUGGGAAGGCUUUUGCGGGGAGACUUUAUGAUGCUGCUAUCAAGAACGACUUUCACAUGGGAGGCAAUGCUUAUAAGCCAAACUUGAAGCUUAUAAAAGCGAUGGCCGGACUUUAAUUUCCGUUUAUGUCUUCUUUGUCUACAUAGAUUCGAAGGGAUAAACAACUAAGUAGGUUUUACUUCAACUAUAAUAGUUAAACCUAUUAUAUUUUUACACUGUGGCUAAAGAUC